AUGAGCGCUGGUGUUGAAACCGGUGCCGGUUUGUACCGUGGUUACUCGCCGGCGUUGGAUAAUCGGCGGAGGAAAUUACCGGUGAUGUUGCAGUUGGCGCCAGAGAGUAGGUAUCCGGCUGCGUUUGAGGAUGGGUUGAAGGUGUUGAAUUGGUUGGCCAAGCAGGCGAAUUUGGCCGAGUGUAGUAAAUCUAUGGGGGUUGGUGGAGGAAGCCAUGGUGGUGGUGGUGGUGGUGGUGGGGAGUUUAACAAGGAUAAUCAUAGGCAUAUUGUUGAUUCUUUUGGUGCUUCAGUGGUGGAGCCUUGGUUGGCUAGUCAUGGAGAUCCAACAAGAUGUGUUCUUCUUGGAGUGAGCUGUGGUGCGAAUAUUGCAGACUACGUGGCUCGAAAAGCUGUGGAAGGAGGCAAGCUUUUUGACCCUGUCAAGGUGGUAGCGCAGGUCUUGAUGUAUCCAUUUUUUGUUGGUAGCGUUCCCACACGUUCUGAAAUAAAAUUGGCAAACUCCUACUUUUAUGACAAGGCUAUGUGCAUGCUUGCAUGGAAACUUUUCCUACCCGAGAACGAAUUUAGUUUGGACCAUCCAGCUGCCAAUCCCCUGGUCUCAGGCCGGUCUCCUCCUUUAAAGUCAAUGCCUCCAACAUUGACAGUGGUGGCAGAGCAUGACUGGAUGAGGGAUCGAGCCAUUGCUUACUCAGAGGAGCUCCGGAGGGUGAAUGUUGACGCACCUGUUCUUGAGUACAAAGAUGCAGUGCACGAAUUUGCAACACUUGAUGUACUUCUCAAAAGCCCUCAGGCCCAGGUUUGUGCCGAGGACAUUGCCAUCUGGGCCAAGAAAUAUAUUUCACUUCGAGGUCAUGAAUUCUCGUAUUGA